GUUUCAAAGUUGUUUUACUUUAAAAAGUAAUAGUUUUAAUACUAAAAAGUGUUUUUCGUAUUAAUAUUUCUAUAGAUUCUAACAUCAUGCCGCAAGAAAUGAAUAUUUUACGCUGUUCUUCAUGUAAAACAUAUCAAGUCCAUAUAAUAAAAAAAGCGAAAAAAUGGCAGUGUAAAAUAUGUAACUUCAAGCAGACAUUUAAACAGGUUUAUUUUAAAGGCUCAGGAAAAGAUUGUCGUGUUUUUGUUCAAAAAUUAAAUCUUAUGAAAGAACAUGAGGUUGAGAAAAUUGCAAAAUCUUUUGAUGAAUGCAAUAAUAUUAAUGAUAAUUACACGAGUACUUAUCCUGAGCAACUAAAAUUAAAAGUUACUGAGAAUAAGUGGGCAAAAUAUUUGGAUUCAACUGAAGAGAUUGAAUCUAAUAUUUUCAAAGCUUCAACUAGUAAAAAUAUUAAAUACAAUGAAAAUGAUGAUAAAAUUCAUCUUAAUGAUAAUAUAAUAAAAUCCUCACAAAGUAAAUCUAUAAAAUCAGAUCUUUCUGAUGAAAGUGAUUGUACACAAAAUUUUGUUAAUGAUAAUGAAGAAGAUUAUGACAAUUCUAUAUCAAAGGAAAUAGAUAGUAGUAAGAAUAAUGAUUUCCAUAGCAAAAAUAUAACCGAAAUUAAAUGUAAAGAAAAUAUUUUUGAUGAUAAUGAAGAUUUUGACAUUUCAAUUGAUUUCUAA